GCGUGAGAGGAGCUGUCAUACCUGCUGCUCUCACAGCUCAAAUAUUAAACAAGGGUUUUCUGGGAACCGAUGCUGCUGCUCUGGGACAAGCCCAAACCGUGGAGACAGCCCGUCUCAGUGGAGUGUGGACAGGCAGUCUGCUCCUGCCACUACUACUGCUGCUGCUGCUACUGCUGCUGCUGCUGAGGGUGGAGGCACUACUGCAUCCAAGAGUCUGAUGGAGGAGGAGGUCACAGAGCCUGAUCCACAGACGGCGGAGCCCUCCGGCAUGCCGCCUCCGCCGCCCGCUGGGACACACUCCGAGGUGAACGGCGACCUGCCGGGGAACCCGUACCUGAGGGACGGGACAGUGGACGUGGUGGAGAGUCCAGUCAGGGAGCCUGUUGUGCUGCAGUAUCCUGCUGAGUACAAUCACAGCCUCCAGUGUGGGGAGAAGAUGCCGUUCCACCAUGUGACGGCAGGUCUGCUCUACAAGGGAAACUACCUGAGCCGCUCGCUGUCAGACAGUGAUAGUGAUGUGUUGGCCAGUAUCUCUGUGGAAGAGCUGGACGAGAUCCGCGAGGCAUUUAAGGUGCUGGAUCGUGACGGCAACGGGUUCAUUUCCAAGCAGGAGCUGGGGAUGGCCAUGCGCUCUCUGGGUUACAUGCCCAGUGAGGUGGAGCUGGCCAUCAUCAUGCAGAGACUAGACAUGGAUGGUGAUGGACAGGUUGACUUCGAGGAGUUUAUGACGAUCCUGGGACCCAAACUUCUGUCUUCUGAAACGAGGGAAGGCUUCCUGGGCAGCACAAUAGACAGCAUCUUCUGGCAGUUUGACAUGCAGAGGAUCACCCUGGAGGAGCUGAAACACAUCCUGUUCUACGCCUUCCGCGACCACCUGACCAUGAAGGACAUUGAGAACAUCAUCAUUAAUGAGGAGGAGAGUCUGAAGGAAAACUCUGGGAACUGUCAUACAGAGUUUGAGGGAGUUCACCCAUCAAAGCAGAACCGCCAGACGUGUGUGAGGAAGAGCCUCAUCUGCGCCUUCGCCAUGGCAUUCAUCAUCAGCGUCAUGCUCAUCGCAGCCAAUCAGAUGCUGCGGAACGGCAUGGAGUAGCCGCGCUCACUGUGCGGGGGACGAGCCGGCCUGCAUGUGCAUGCCAGUGGGUGAGGUCACGGCCCCCGGCCGAUGGGAGAGGAACUGCGAGGAGUGAUGCUCAAAAAAACAAAAAAUCAUCAUCAACAAAACGCCCCAUUUCAAAAAAAUGUUACUUCUGUUCUUUUUCAAAGCGACACCUCGCCACCUGACGUCCAAUGAAACUGUGAAGCCAGCAUGAGGAGUCAUGCAGGACUCCUCCCACUUUACUCUGACAGGGACACUCAAGGGCUGACAUCACACGUAAUACUGUCGUCUCCGUUUCCCUGAUGCAA